AUGUCUACCUACUUCCAAUACCCAACUCCCGAGAUCCAGGAGGAGCUGAAAAAGAUCGCUCUGGCAAUCGUCGCUCCUGGCAAGGGUAUCCUCGCCGCCGAUGAGUCCACCGGAACCAUGGGCAAGCGACUCCAGGACAUCGGAGUUGAGAACACCGAAGAGAACCGUCGCAGAUAUCGACAGUUGCUAUUCAGCACUGACCCUGCCGUCUCAGAAAACAUCUCUGGUGUGAUCUUGUUCCACGAGACUUUGUACCAGAAGGCCGACGACGGUACACCCCUGGUGUCGCUACUCGAGAAACGUGGCAUCAUCCCCGGUAUCAAGGUCGACAAGGGUGUUGUCCCACUCUUCGGCUCUGAGGACGAAUGCACUACUCAGGGUCUGGACGACCUCGCUCAGCGUUGCGCUCAGUACAAGAAGGACGGCUGCCACUUUGCCAAGUGGCGCUGUGUGCUGAAGAUCGGACGCAACACCCCGUCCUACCAGGCCAUCAUGGAGAACGCGAACGUGCUCGCGCGCUACGCCUCCAUCUGCCAGAGUCAGCGCAUCGUGCCAAUCGUUGAGCCCGAAGUGCUGCCUGAUGGUGAACACGAUCUUGACCGCGCCCAGAAGGUGACCGAGGUUGUCCUCGCUGCAGUGUACAAGGCCCUGAAUGAUCACCACGUCUACCUUGAGGGAACCCUUCUUAAGCCAAACAUGGUGACGGCUGGACAAUCGUGCAAGAAGACCUACACUCCCAUGGAUAUUGGCCGCGCCACCGUCACAGCUCUGCUCAGGACCGUUCCAGCGGCUGUUCCCGGAGUCACAUUCCUCUCUGGUGGCCAGUCCGAGGAAGAGGCUUCGGUGAACCUGAACGCCAUCAACACAGUGGACCUCAAGAGGCCGUGGGCGCUCACCUUCAGCUAUGGACGUGCUUUACAGGCUUCAGUUCUGCGCGCCUGGGGUGGAAAGCCUGAGAACGUGCCCGCUGGACAACAAGAACUGUUGAAGAGGGCUAAGGCUAACGGCCAGGCUUCACAGGGCAAAUACGUGGCUGGAUCUGUAACAGGUGUGGGCGCCGAAGCCGGUCUUUUCGUUGCAAACCACGCGUACUAA